UUGACACAAUCCAACUUUACAACUUGAAUUUUUAUUGUCGAUGGUAAAAAAAAACUUUAAAAAGUGCUGUAGAGUUCUUGUGUCUAUUGCGGCUGCGCUAAAAAAAGGACAAUUGGGCACUAUACACACUCUCAAAAUUUUCUCUCUCUAACAAAUUUUCUCUCUCCUGUUUCUGCAAAAUGAUUCAAAAGCAGACCAACCGCUGUCCCACAUUCCCACUCUUCUUCUUCAUUAACAGUUUCCUUCUUCCUAUUCGAUCAUUCUACUAACCAUUUUUCCUGCAAAUGCCGCUCUUUCCUCCAUUAAUCUCUCACUCCUUAAUCCCUUCAAUUCAACCAUGAAUGAUUCUCAAAGCCUCUCUUCUUCCUCUUACAACUCCGCCUCCAUUUCCGUCCCUGACCAGGAUGUCGAACCUAGUCGAAGAAACACUAAUAGCACCUAUGCUUUGUCAUUUGAGCAAUCACGACACUGGAGGGAUGUUUUUUGGUUAGCUGUUUUCAUUGUGCAUUUGGGAGGGUUAGGCCUGCUCCUAGUUGUCUUCGGUCUCAAUAGAUUUAAGAAGAAUGAUAGACUGAACAUUGAUAAGUAUACAGGGUUCUUGGAGCACCAUCGUGGUCUUACAGAGUACUACUGGCCAUUGUAUGCUGUUGCUGCUGGGGCUGGUACUUUCCUUGGAUGGACUUGGUUAUUACUGCUUGGUUAUCAGGCCAUUCACAUGAUGAAAGUGUCAGUUCACAUUUUAACCACAUAUCUUGCUGUGGUUAGCGUGUUUUGUUUUUGGGCACAGCAGUUCUUUUGGGGUGUCGCUUUUGCAAUUGGAGCGGUUUUACAGUUUCUGUAUGUCAUCUCAGUUAUAGACAGACUGCCUUUUUCAAUGCUCGUGCUGCAGAAAGCUGUGAAAAUGGCAUGGAGCCUCCCUAGAGUUAUGUGCAUAGCAUAUGCUUUCAUUCUAGUCAUGCUUUCAUGGAUGGCAUUAUGGUCCUUUGGAGCAGCUGGGGUUGUUGCUUCAAGCAUUGGUGAUAGUGGAAGAUGGUGGCUUCUUGUGGUAUUUUCUAUAAGCUUAUUUUGGACAGGUGCUGUUCUCUGUAACACAGUUCAUGUAAUAGUGUCUGGGAUGGUUUUCCUUGUCCUCUUCCAUGGUGGCCAAGAAACAGCAUCUAUGCCUUCCAACUCGUUGAUGAAGUCUUUGCGUUAUGCUGUUACGACUUCAUUUGGAAGCAUCUGCUAUGGCUCUCUCUUUACAGCUGCUGUUCGUACACUAAGAUGGGAGAUAAGAGGCUUUCGUGCAAAGAUUGGGAAUAAUGAGUGCUUGCUCUGCUGUGUUGACUUCGUAUUCCAUAUUGUGGAAACGCUUGUUAGAUUCUUCAAUAAGUAUGCAUAUGUACAAAUUGCAGUCUCUGGCAAAAGCUUUAAUCAUUCAGCAAGAGAUGCUUGGGAAUUGUUUCAGUCAACUGGGGUUGAAGCUCUUAUUGCAUAUGAUUGUUCUGGUGCUGUCCUUUUGAUGGGAACUAUCUUAGGAGGCCUAAUUGCCGGAACAUGUGCAGGAGUCUGGACAUGGCUAAGAUCAAGUGAUCGAGUUUUGAUGGUAGGCUCCACCUCCAUGCUGAUGGGGAUGGUUUUGGUUGGACUUGCAAUGGUGGUGGUGGAAGGUGCAGUUACAUCUUUGUACAUAUGUUAUGCCCUGGAUCCCCUUCUCAUUCACAGAUGGGAUCCUGAGUUUUUUAACCAGAUGUCGGAAAUGCUUCAUCAGCGCCUCCAACAUAGAAGUGCACGGGGUCGACAAGUCUUGACCCACAACACACUUGAUUCGCACAUACCCAGUUAAUAAGACCCUAAUACAUUGACACAUUGAUGCUUGUAUAGGCGCAGCAAAGGCUGCUGCUUCCCAUUACCCUCUCGUCCCUUCUCCUCUGUUUGUAAAAUCUGUGUAUGGUGUACAAAUAUGAUGUGGUUGAUAAAUGCCUAAUGCAGUAAUGCUUUGGCAAUUUGGUGUUGUAAUUUUAUAUGUAGGUUGGCUUCCCCUUAAUUAGAUAUAUGGCAAAUCAGUUAUUCGGAUUUUCUGUA